CCGUCCCCCCCUCCGUCCUCGCGUGGGCCCCCACUCGCCGUCUCGGAAAAUUCUAUUUCCAGGAACAGACGUUGCGCGUCCCUCAAUCUCAAUCUCACUCCCCUCGCCCCGCGCGUCGCCACCACCGCUCCCCCAAUCUCCUCUCUAUUUCUCUCUCUCUCUCUCCCUCUCUGAACUCGGCCAUUUCCAUCGCCAGCCCAAAAGCUCAGUCGCGCGCGGAGCCCGUCGCUCUCCGCACCUCCCCCCACACUCCCUCCUCCUCCCUCCGCCGCCGCCUUCCGCCUCCUCCAUGACAACGCCGACAGCCGGCGCCGCCUCCCUCCGCCCGAUCGCAGCAGCUCACCGUCGCUCCUCCUUCUCCUCCUCUCCCCUCGCGAUUCCCGAAAAUGCCCUCGCGCUUCCUCACUAAUCCCUCCGUCCCCCGCUCCUCCGACCGCUCCCCCUCCUCCUCCUCCGACUUCCCCCGCGGCGACGCCAUGGCCGCCGGCUCCUCGUCCUCGUCCUCCUCCUUGUCGCCUUCGCGGUACGCCGAAGUCUGGAACUACAUGUGGAUCCCUCUGCUGAUUUCCUUCUCCAAGGAGCUAGCCCUAGCCAAGGCGCAGUCCGGGAUCCUCCUGCCGGGCCAGCUCGAGAACGAGGCGGCGUCCGCGGGCGCCGCCGUCGUCCCGAGUUGCCCGGCGCCCGACCCCAAGCUCAACUUCCGGCCGGUGAUCGGGAUCCUCAGCCACCCCGGCGACGGCGCCUCCGGCAGGCUCAACAACGCGUCCGACGCCUCGUACAUCGCCGCGUCGUACGUGAAGUUCGUCGAGUCCGCCGGCGCGAGGGUGAUUCCGUUGAUAUAUAAUGAGCCGCCCGAGGUUCUCUUCGAGAAGCUCAACAUGGUCAAUGGAGUGCUCUUUACUGGAGGGUGGGCUAAAAGCGGGUCAUAUUAUGAGACUGCAAAGGCAAUUUUCAAGGACAAAAACAUUCUCGAGGAAUUUAAUGCUGCAGAUCAAGCAUCCACUCUACAAUUUAUUAGAAACACAAACAUUGAAGGAACAGUAUUUCAAAGAUUUCCGCCAGAUUUGCUUAAAAAGUUGAGUACAGAUUGCCUUGUCAUGCAAAAUCAUCAUUAUGGCAUCUCGCCAGAAAGACUGAUGCAGAACACUGACUUAACGAAUUUCUUUAAGAUCUUGACAACCAGCACAGAUGGAGACAACAAGGUCUAUGUCUCCACAGUACAAGCACACAGUUAUCCUGUAACUGCUUUCCAAUGGCAUCCAGAGAAAAAUGCUUUCGAAUGGGGUUUGUCCAUGAUACCACACUCAGAUGAUGCUAUUCAAGUUACACAGCAUGUAGCGAACUUCUUUGUCAGUGAGGCUAGGAAGUCCGUAAACCGGGCUUCUGCUCGGAAAGUGCUCGACAAUCUGAUAUAUAAUUACAGUCCCACCUACUGUGGGAAAGCAGGGAAGGGAUAUGACGAGGUUUAUAUCUUUUCGCGACUCUGAAGCCCACAUUUUCCACGGGCGUGAAGUCUCCUAUGCUGAAGAAGGCGUUUACUGAAUUGCUCGAAAUCAGAAAUUCGCUCUUUAUGUAAUUGAGAUCAUGAGAUGUGCGGACAUUAUUAUUUUAGCAGAAACUAAUGGCAAAUGCUGAACAUUUUCCUAGUUAUCUGAACUUGAACUAUGCAUGAUUUGUCGUCUGUAAACUAAUCGAUGACUCCGUGCCUUGAUGAAUCAAUCAAUGGACGAGCUAAGGUCUCAUCUCUUUGCUAGUAA